GUAUAUCUGGGCAGCAGUGCACCGUGCAUCAACCAGCCAGCGACACUCCCUCAUCCCCAAACUGGACGGUGCGUCUCCCCGGAACUCCAACAGCCGUAGCGGCUGUCAACGUUUUAAAAUUGGGUUUCGGUCCAAUAAUAUGGCGAUAGACGGAUGGAAAUACUGAUGACAGUCCGAAAGAUCGCCUCGAUUUGUACGAUGGGCGCCAAUGCCUCUGCUUUGGAGAAGGAGAUUGGACCAGAACAGUUUCCCGUUAAUGAACACUACUUUGGAUUGGUCAACUUCGGGAACACCUGUUACUGUAACUCGGUGCUGCAGGCCCUCUACUUCUGCCGUCCGUUCAGGGAGAAGGUCCUGGCCUACAAGGUCCAGCCCAGACGUAAAGAGUCACUGCUCACCUGUCUUUCUGACCUCUUCAACAGCAUCGCCACGCAGAAAAAGAAGGUGGGAGUCAUCCCUCCCAAGAAAUUCAUCUCACGACUGAGGAAAGAAAAUGAGCUGUUUGACAACUACAUGCAACAGGAUGCCCAUGAGUUCCUUAACUACCUCCUCAACACUAUCGCUGACCUGCUGCAGGAGGAGAGGAGCCAGGAGAGCCAGCAGAAUGGAAAGCUGUUGCAGAACGGAGGAGUUGGGGGCGGGACGGGAGGAGGAGAGGAAGAGAAGACACAGCAGACCUGGGUCCACGAGAUCUUCCAGGGAACCCUGACCAACGAGACGCGCUGCCUCAACUGUGAAGCUGUGAGCAGUAAAGAUGAGGACUUCCUGGACCUGUCUGUUGACGUGGAGCAGAACACCUCCAUCACACACUGUCUCAGGGGUUUCAGCAACACCGAGACACUUUGUAGUGAAUACAAGUACUACUGUGAACAGUGUCGGAGUAAACAGGAAGCACAGAAAAGGAUGCGUGUGAAGAAGCUCCCUAUGAUCCUGGCAUUACAUCUGAAGAGGUUUAAGUACAUGGACCAGUUGCAUCGCUACACCAAGCUGUCCUAUCGUGUCGUCUUCCCUCUGGAGCUCCGCCUCUUCAACACCUCAGGAGACGCCACCAACCCCGACCGCAUGUAUGACCUGGUCGCCGUGGUCGUCCACUGUGGAAGUGGUCCAAACCGUGGUCAUUACAUCACCAUAGUGAAGAGUCAUGGGUUCUGGCUCCUGUUUGAUGACGACAUCGUAGAGAAAAUCGACGCCCAGGCGAUCGAGGAGUUCUACGGUCUGACGUCGGACAUUUCCAAGAACUCUGAGUCGGGUUACAUCCUGUUCUACCAGUCCCGGGACUGAACCAGCCAAUGGGAUUGGGACUCAGCAUUUGAGAGGGAGGGGCUUGGGCUGCCACAGGCCCCGCCCCGCCCAGCCCAGCCCAGCCCAGCCCACCAUCCGUUAUAAAUAUCCAGGCUUUACAGCGGAGCUUUGCACUGUGGAGCGCCAAGAGGAUGGAUGGAGGAUCUUCAGCAGACAGGAGCCAACGAUGGCCGAGCAACCCAUCAGUGUGACAGGAUUUGACAUUGCAGAAGAAGAUCAGCGAUUAGGGAUCGUUAUGCUUUGUCAUAGUCAUCAUCGUAGUCAAGAUCGUCCUGAUGGUCUCUCUCUUUGGUUUGACAGCAGAUUAGAAAUAUAUGUUGUGUUGGCUUGGCUAGCUCUCCCAUUACAUUACUGGUGUGGGUGGCAACAUUACUGGUGUCCUUGUCAAACAGUGCCACUGCAGUGGUGUUAAACAGGAGUUUGGUAGGAUGAAAAGUGGAUCUGCCAUUUCCUGAAUGUUCUCCUUACUUUGUUGUUAGUUUGGAGAGUGGAGUGGAGAGAAGAGUUUGGUCCAUAUGUAGUUCAGCAGGCCAGAUCUGUUUGUGUUAUAUUAUGGUUUGGAUGCCGAAAGCUGCACAUAUAAAUAUUACCAUCUGUUUUAAAGGGACACACACGCGCUCUAGCUCCCCCCUCUGGCAACAACAGCAAACUACACCACACACUACAAAACGCCUGCCAACAACGUGUAUGUUGUACGUCUCCUAAUCAAGCAAGUCUCCUAAUCAAGCAAGUUCCUCCUUGGUGUCAAUUGUACCCUAUUCCUUUAUUUAGUGCACUCCAAACUUGGUUCACUAUAUAUGGAGUAGGCUCUCAUUUUGGACGUCGCCCUGCCAUCCUCUGUGUAACGCAGAAUAAACCCGAUUGGCUGCUGCAACAUUUAGCUCCUCCACUUCCUGUCACCUGAUCAGAACCUUCCAAUCAGAGCCUGAAGUAGACAGACGUUUCCUGUUUUAGGUUUUUGAAUGCACAAGUAAACCAAACAUAUCUGUUAUUUGGUUGAUUAUAUUUAAGUAUGUGCUACACUGCCAGUUGGGGUAACUAACCUAACUUCACUAUUUAUAGGCUAUGUCCCGAUAUCUAUACUAGCGCACUACUAAGUAUGCAUGCCCAAUAUAUUCUAAGUAGUAUGCUAGUGCGGAUUUUGGAACAGCCAGUUUCUCUCAACAGAGCGCUAAAUGGGAUAUGGCCCACGAAUCAUAAAGCUUCUCAGAGUAGGAGUGGUGAUCUAGGAUCAGUUUGGCCUUUUAGAUCAUAAUGAAUCGGAUUAUUAUGGACCGGGAGGAUCCUAGGUCACCACUCCUACUCAGAGAGGCUUUAUGAAUACAGGUCCUGAUCCAUAGCUCUGACAUGGGAGGUGAUUUAUAUUAGCUAGGACUAGUGGGUCCUGUGUUUAAUUGAAUGUAAAACGUCUGCCGUUGAAAUGUACAGUAAGGUACUGGCUGCUCAUUGGUUGGCCCAUACACAUUGCCUGGGGUUUUCACCUAUCCUGACCAGUACUAGUUAUAUAUUUUGCAUCCCAAAUGGCACCCUAUUCCCUACAUAGUGCACUAUUUUUGACCUGGUCCCAUAGGUUGCGUUUGGAGUGUGGGAGAGCUAAACUCAUUAAUGAUUGAAUUUAGGCCUACUGUAGAUGGGUUACUAUCUACCAAGUAAACACUAGUACACUCCUCUAGCCGAUAGGGUUCACUCUGAGUCACAAAAGGGCACCCUAUUUCUCUUGUGGGGUGUGUGUGUGUGUGUGUGUGUUUUAAACAGUGGUUUGACCCCUUUCUUUCUCUCUGGGUGAUUUGCUGACCGUGCAUUUGGCACACACACACACACACACACACACACACACUAGGGUUGAUUUGUGUUUGGAGUAAGCGACCGCGAACACACACCGCAGGACACAGUACAGAAAAAGCGCUUCUUUCCGUAGUGUGUGUUCCAGCCUAGCUUAGAGGGACAUGUAAUGUAGCCUGAUGUUGCUACGUCAGUAAAUACUGUUCACAUCUAGCAGCUUCAUA